AUGUUGGGCAUUGAUAUGAAAUUAGCAUCCAAAGAAGAAAGAUCGAAAUUGCGGAAAAAAAGGGAAGAAGUGCGGAAAAUAAGAAAUGAGAAAACAUCGGAGUUGCAACAAUCUGUUUGCUACAAAAGUGAAACCGAAAUCGAAAGUGAGUCCAUAGAAGUAGAUAGUGAUGUUUUCCACGAUGAAUUUCCAUCUAAAGAACGGCGUUUUACUACAAAAAAAAUAUGGAUUACACCACGAUUAUGUGCCGCACUUGAUAAAGCGAAGGUGUCGGACCGACAGGCGAUGCAUAUUUUGAUGGCAACAGUAGAGGCUUUGGAGAUUCCUGCCGAUAAUAAAGUCUUGAAUCGUACUUCUUUACAGCAGUUGCGUCAAAACAAUCGGCACUAUCAAUUUGGCGAAGCAAAGUCUGAAUUCCUCGAUAACGUACGUAUUACACUGGGCAGAUCCAACGUGUAUAAGUUAGCAGUUCUCGUAAGCUACAAUGGAACUGCUAAGUUUUUGGGCGCUCCCAAAAUUGAAUCAGGUACCGGCAAAAACAUAGCUCAAGCUGUUCAUAAUACUUUAGUCGAAUGGGACAUUUCUGAAAAAGUUGUGGCUUCGAGCUUUGAUACUACUUCCUCAAACACUGGCCUUCAACAAGGUGCUUGCAUUCUUAAAUAUACGCGGCGAUUAUAA